GAGUUGAGUAGCUUUUGUUAGGAGAGAUGAUACUAGUCCUGGCAUUUGCUGGCCGUACAGCCAGCACUAAGGAAACCUGUAACUUUGCCCGGUUUUAAACCCAGGAAAAUUUAUUUAUUUAUUUAUUUUUAAAUUCCUUCCUGCUGUGCAGCUGCAGCAGUAGUAUCUAUACCCUGGUGGGAAGCAGCAGCAGUUUUCCAGCUGGGUCAGACAGCUGGGGAGGGCUCUGCAGUUACUGGGCAGGUGGAGAGCUGAAGCCAAAAGUCAAAAGAAAAGAAGAGAGAGCUAAAUCCAACUGUCCCAAAUCUCUCUUGGUGCAGCAGGAUCUUCUCCAACCCCCAUCAUCUUACUUGUAUCAGCAGGAAGAAACUGAAGUGAAAAAGAAGUGACUGAAGAAGAAAUUAAGGAACGGUUUGAAGAAACAGGUUCAUUUCUUAACAAGAUCAAAUUUGAAUUAAAUGGCUGAUAAACAGAUCAGUUUACCUGCCAAGCUGAUCAAUGGAGGGAUAGCUGGGCUAAUUGGGGUCACCUGUGUAUUUCCCAUCGACCUGGCAAAAACUCGCCUGCAAAACCAGCAGAAUGGCCAGCGAAUGUACACCAGCAUGUCUGACUGCCUCAUUAAAACAAUUCGGUCGGAAGGCUACUUUGGCAUGUACAGAGGGGCUGCAGUGAACCUGACUCUAGUGACACCAGAAAAGGCUAUCAAACUGGCAGCCAAUGACUUCUUCCGGCAUCACCUCUCCAAAGAUGGGAAAAAGCUGACACUGCUGAGGGAGAUGCUGGCAGGCUGCGGCGCAGGUACCUGCCAGGUCAUUGUCACCACUCCCAUGGAGAUGCUCAAAAUCCAGCUGCAGGAUGCGGGGCGAAUUGCGGCACAGAAGAAGCUGAUGGCAGCACAGACCCAGCUCUCCUCUUCCUCUGCGGCGGGGUCAGCAGAGCCACUGGUGGAAACGCGCACCACAGCAACACAGAUAACAAGGGAGCUGCUGAGGACCAAAGGCAUCACAGGACUCUACAAGGGCCUGGGAGCCACGCUACUAAGGGAUGUCCCGUUCUCCAUUGUUUACUUCCCGCUGUUUGCAAACCUGAACAAGCUGGGCCAGAAAGACCCUAAUGUCAAGGCUCCAUUCUAUGUGUCCUUCCUCUCCGGAUGUGUGGCUGGCAGUACGGCUGCGGUGGCUGUCAAUCCUUGCGAUGUGAUCAAAACACGGCUGCAGUCCUUGCAGAGAGGAGUGAAUGAGGACACCUACUCAGGAAUCCUGGACUGCACCAAGAAGAUCUGGCAGAAGGAGGGGCCCAUGGCCUUCCUGAAAGGAGCCUACUGCCGAGCCCUGGUCAUCGCUCCUCUCUUCGGCAUCGCUCAAGUCGUCUACUUCAUUGGCAUUGCAGAGUUCCUGCUGGACAUGCUCCCCAAGCACCGGGCCUAGCCCUGGUGCAGCUGUGUGCACGCUCCUGCCCUCUGCAGCACUGAAUUCAUCCCUGUGUUUGUCAUCUGUGUCAAUAGAUGUCAGAGCAACAGCACAAAGGGUUUGCAUAGGGACGGCAUGGGGCAGAGAGGGAGAGAGUCCCUUUUCUGUCUCAGUCUGGAACCUGUCCCCUCCUACUCCUUCCAUGGAUGACACCUGAUUUUGCCCUUUUUUUCUUUUUUCUUUUCUUGGGGGGGUUGUGUUUUUUUUUUUGUUUGGUUGGUUUUGGUUUGUUUUUAGAUUGUCAUUCUUAGGGACUGGUAAGCACAGACUGGGCUUGCAGACCCAGAAGUCUCCUCCCAGCCCUGGGGAAGAAGAAGGAUGGGAAGGAAAUAACCUGAAUCCUCAUCCACUGCAGUCUCCCUAUUUCUUCCUGAAGUUGCUAGCUGUCUGAGGAGGAGAUGGAGGGGAAGCUGUGUCCUCUCAGCCCCUCCUUGGUUCUGCUGGCCCCAGGUUGACAGCAGGCACUGUGUAAAGGGGCCUCAUGUCAUUGCCACUGGAGACAUAGCAGAGGGGAUGCUGGAUCUGGCAAGUUCCUUGGCCUGGAAACCUUCACCCCUCCCUUCUCGCUUUCUCAAAAAUGCGUUGGGCUUAAAUGGACAACUUGGAGAUCAGAGGAAGGGAAAGGAGAUCGUUACUAUUGAUUUUGUAAUUAAAUUUUAAAGCAAAGGGAUGUCACUUCUAACCAGGUGUCACAGGCACAUGCAGGUGAGGUGCAGAGACAAGAUGUCUGCUCUAUAGGGAACAUGUCUGUGGGAUCACAUGAAUGUCCAAAAGCACUUCACUGUUUGGUGACAGGCAGGAGAAGGAGAGGAACUUUGGAUCAAGUUAUUUUUGUUCAGGGUUUGGUUGGUUGGUUUUGUGUUAUUGUUUGAUGGUGGGGUUUUUUUGUGUGUUUUAAUUUUGUGGUUUUGUUUGUUUGUUGGGUUUUUUUAAAAAUACAGAGGCUGUGGGAAGGGAAAACCAAUCAACAAAAAACGACUUACAUUCCUUCAGCCUGCCCACCGCUGGGAUGAUAAAGCGGUGCUUGCAGGUGUAGUUUAGCUGAUAUUUUUUUUUUUCUCUUUUUUUUUUUCCCCUCUCUAGCCUGGCCCGAGGUGCAUGAAAGGAGGUGCCUGCUCCACUUCUGCAGUGCCCAACCUCAGGGAGCCACACUAGAAAUACUACCCCCUGUGUGCUUGCCUUGCAAGGUGAAAACACAGUGUCGAGUUGUGCUUAGAUGUUUGACAUUUUGACUUGGUUGUGUUUGUGAGCCAGCCGGUGUUUAAGAAGCAGAGGGUUCCCGCCCCAUGUGAGGACGUGUUUCCAUGUACAUAGUUACGAGGUAGAGUCCUCUGGAGCACAAAACCUCAUAAUUCUGCUCUCCUCUGGGGUGGUGAUCAUUGUUGGGUAGCAGGGGGCAAAUUCACACCUACAACCCACUGUCAAAGGGACACCGCCCCAGCUAACAUCGCUUGUCAGAGGACUUCCUUGUUCAGUACUCUCUUGGGCUGUGUAAUUAAUUCUAGUUUAAGUGAUCUUAAGUGUGAGAUCUGGCAACCCAGCACGAUCUUCCGAUCUUCUCCAUUAUUUAUUCCAUUUGGUGCAAUCCACCCAACUUUGGUGUUUAAAUUAAACUGGUCAAAUUCACUUUUCAUUCCUUCUUUUUGCUUUGUUCUCCAGGUGCUUCCUUGGUGUUUGUGUUUCAAAAGUGUAUUUAAAUUCAUUUUAAAAAUUUUCCCUGUUUUUAAUGUUUAAAAGAGAAACACCUCUGUUGUAAUGUUCUUGGGUUAGGUUUUUGCAAAACCUGUAUGUUGAGGACCUUCUUCUCUGAUGCAUCCUUUUUCUCUUCAAAAACAUUGUUCUGUGGUUGGUUUGUUACUUUGCAUAUGUGAAUAAUUUUCUUUAAUUUUCUUUUUUUCGUAAUGACUUCUCUGUGAAUCUGGGAGGAAUAUGUGCAAAGAUGAUGAUAGAUGUCUGUGCUGUGUGUAGUGCUGUGAUGCUGCUCUUGGUCUGGAUUUCCCUUGGGUGGAUUAAAACAGACUUUUUUUUUUUUUAA